UUAUUUUACAUGUACACGACAGGAUCAUAUUGCCAGGAGGAUAAGAGCAUUACUAUAAGCGCGAUUGAGAAAUUGAGAGAAAGGAAAAUGGAAAAGUGGCGGGGACGACGAGUGGUGAUGCUGCUACUGCCGCCGCUGGAGAUGAAGAGGAUGCCGACUUUGCCAUCAUUGUCGGUGAUGGUAGUCGUCGUCGUCGCCUUGAUGGGACAGCAGAUGACCCCUACUGACGCCUUCGUGCCGCCCGACCCGCACGCCUACGCCAGGCUGCGAGACCAGCUCCGAGUCACGACGAGGAACCAGCACCUGCUGAAUCCCCAGCAGCAGGGAUUGGGCCUCAUCCCUUUCUUCCCGACGCCGUUGCGCAUGUUGCAUCCCGCAGUGCUGGAUGCCACUGGCAAAAUACCCGACGGCAUGCUCGUGGGCAACCUGGUGUCCCUGGGCAGCUUCGACGAGUGCCUGGCCGUGAGGGCCGACAUCACCGGCGACCCACUGCUCAUCAUCGGCGAGGGCGUCUCGCUCGACAUGCUGCCGGAUGCCUUGGAUGCCACGGCCGGCGGGGCUGGGUUCCAGUUCGUCGUCCAGGAGCGAGACUGCGCAGAGGACUCGGCGACCGUCUUUUCCGCCGCCGACUACUGCAUCAUGGCCCUCGUCGCUGCUGUGGUCAUGCUCAUGGUGGCCGGUACGAUCGUGGACGUCCGCCUGCUGGCUACCCAGGCCCAGCUGAAAAAGUUUGACGACCAUCCCCAGCGACUAAUGGACGGAGAAAAGUCCAUCACAUCCGGCUUCCAACUCCUCAAAAAUGGCAAGUGCUGGUACUCGGCCAUCCAGUUCCUCACCUCCUUCUCCGUCUACACCAACGGCAAGAAGAUCCUGAGCACAGCGGACCAUCCGGACGACAUUGGCUGCCUCCACGGACUUCGGUUCAUCUCCAUGACCUGGGUCAUCCUGGCCCACACAUACGGCUUUGGAGGCAUCAACCCGUGGGUCAAUCUCGCGCAGGGAUUGCCAGCAUUCCUGCGACAAUGGGAAUUCACUGCCGUGGCCAACGCGAGCACGUCCGUUGACACGUUCUUCCUGCUCAGCGGCCUCCUCGUGGCCUACAACGUGUUGAAAGAGGUGCAGCGGGCCAAGGGUCGGCUGAGGCCCGAUCCAGUGACCUGGCUCGGGGUCCUGUACGUGCUGCGCUACGUGCGUCUCACGCCGGCCUUCGCCGCGGGCAUCGGCCUGGUGGCCACCCUCGUGCGGCGCGUGGGAGAGGGCCCGCUCUGGGGCCAGCUGCUGGAGAACUCGGACUUGUGCCGCCACGACUGGUGGAAGUACCUGCUCUACGCCCACAACUACGUCCGACCCGACGUGUACUACGAUAACCAGAUCACGUGUUUCCCGCAGGCCUGGUACUUGGCGUGCGACAUGCAGUUGUUCCUCUUGGCGCCGCUGUUCAUCCUGCCCAUGUUCUACUUGGGCACGACAGGACGGCGUCGUUGGGCCGCCUACGCCUGGAUCAGCCUGCUCACCGUCAUUUCCGUCGUGCCGGGCCUCGUCAUCAUGAUACGGAACUCGGGCUACCCGCCCACGCUGAUCCCCAACAACCAGCAGACGGCCUUCUUUUACGACAUCUAUGCCAACACGUACGUGCGAGCAGGCCCCUACCUCGUCGGCAUUGCCCUGGGCUACUACAUCUUCAUGAACAAGAAGCAGCAGAAUAUUAAUGAUAGGUCCCCGUCGUCGACAUCGGCGUCAGCAGCAGCACCGCGGUUGAGCAGACUCGUCGUGGCCCUCGCCUGGCUUGCAGCUACUGGGGCUGCUCUGGCCGUCGUGUACGGGCUGCAGGCCUACGAGCCCUACGAGUCGGACAAGCCGUCGCACGUGGAGAACAUCUUCUACUCGGCCUUUGCCCGCAUGGCCUGGGCCCUGGCAGUGGCCUGGCUCAUCUUUGCCUGCCACUACGGCUACGGUGAUGCUGUAGAUGAAUUAGUCCAGUAUGAACCUUCAAAUGGGCUACUGGAUGACCCACUGCUCCACAAUUCAACACCCCAAGGAAUGGGAUUUAGAGAAAUUGACCUGAAAGAUGGGGAUGAUACCCUUGCAAGGGGAGAGCACCCCCAACAAAUUCCGCCGCCAGCAGAACAAGGAAUCUCCUCAGAACUCCUUCAGAGGACGCAGCAAUUGGAGAGAAAGGAGAAUUUAGAGAUUUACUGGUUCCUGGGCACGCUCACGCUGACCACAGCAGGCGCCUUCCUCUUCUCGCUCAUGUUCGAGAUGCCGUUUGUGGGCAUCUCCAAGUUGUUGUUGAGUCCAGCUCGUGGUUCUAGGACGACAAAGAAGCCUUCCUCACCAGCAGCCGCCGUCACGUCUCCCGUCGAAUCAAAGAAUGACGGGCAAGUGAACCCCGGCUUCGAAGCAGGACCCGAGGGAGAGAAACACGUGGAAACGACCAUCAUCGAGGUGCCCAAGAAAGCUGCGGUGCUUUCGGCCUGAAUCAAACUCCGACUCAUCCAACUGUUUCACCAUUUAUUUUUCGCACGAGCUAUCGGACAAUUGAAAUGCCACGAAUCGAAGCAUAAGAACGAAUCAUCAGCGCCCAGGAUUAAUGAUGAACAAAAAUAAUAAUUCAAUAACGCGACGACUGCAAUUUCUUUUCUCUUCGACCGGUCGAUCCACAAAUCCUUUCGGCAUUCCACAUCUCGGGUCCACAUCAACAUGAACAACCAUCACCUUUGCGGUCGCAGCAAAAAUGUCCCGUGACUAGCAGCGCUUUGAUUCCACAAUGUGCAAGCACGUACAGUACAGUGAAGCAGUUUCCCUUCCAUUCUCGGCAAAGGAAAGACGGAAUAAAAUUGGUACGUGCAUAACA